AUGUCACAGAUGGAGCACAACAUCGGAAGAGGAUUCGAUCGGCGUCUGGUCCUGGCCGACUACAACUGCCACAUGCAUGGCCCUGCGCUGUCGUGGCUGGCGCAUGAGCACGCCGCGCGAGGCGAAGCGUGA